UUGAGUGACGCGUUGAUUUUGAGGUUUGUAAUUCCUUCAAGAAAAAUGACCAAAAAAGACCUUUUCGAUGCUGGAUUGUUGAAGGAGAACCAGGUCAAAGGAACGAAUAUGGCAAAUUUCGGUAAAUUACAAAGAAAACUCAAAGGAAAAGAACUGGUAGUAAACAUCAAAAUUUACAACAAUUUUGAUGCAAAAUCACUCGAGGAAAGUGAUGACCAAGAACUAAAAGCGGAAGUUCAAAGGUUUCAAGAUUGGUACUGUGCCAACAUUGAAAAAAUUGAAGAAAUUGCAAACAGGUUAAAAAGAAAAGAAAGGGCUGAUGCUACUGAGGCGAUACGUACUCUUGUUAAACAAGUUAGAUUAACAAGUACAGAUAAAACAGAAGCAACAGAUAUCGCUGAAGAUUGCAGCAGUAGUGAAAUUGAUAAAGAAAAGAGAGCAAACGCCAUUCAACACAGAAAGCAAAUAAGGGCUUUAUUCAAAAAAGAAGCAGAAGAUUUCUUAAAGAGUUGCCCGGUCAAAAAAUUAACUUUGAACACUGUGUUUGCUUUGAUGACUCAAGAAGAAAAGAAUCAAUUCCCAUGUUUAUUCAAUCUUGUGAAAAAAAUGAAUGCUAAGAGUCCAACCACUUGCCCAGUUGAAAGAUCUUUUAAUAAAUUUGGACAACUUGAAAGAGCAAACAUGAGCGUUGAAAAGAAAGUUGCUUACAUGGAUGUCGGGGAUGCUCUGAAAAACUAA